AUCAGCCCCCGCGCGCUGUGCAGGCUGGGGGAACAUGGCCGCUUCCGGUCUUGCACUCAGCCUGGCGCGGGGCUGACAGCGGCUGCGGUCCCGUGCGCUCCUCCUUCUGCAUCUCGCGCCGGCGGCGGCGGAGGGCGCAGCGGCCUCCUGUUCUCGCGCCAUGGAGAAGAGCUCGAGCUGCGAGAGUCUCGGCGCACAGCCCCCGGCAGCACGGCUGCCCAGCGAGGACUCACUGUCCAGUGCUUCCACUUCUCAUUCAGAGAACUCGGUGCAUACCAAGUCAGUUUCUGCUGUGUCUUCAGACUCCAUUUCUACUUCUGCAGACAACUUUUCUCCUGAUUUGAGGGUCCUGAGAGAGUCAAACAAAUUAGCAGAAAUGGAGGAACCAGCCCUGCUUCCGGGAGAAAACAUUAAAGACAUGGCCAAAGAUGUGACUUACAUAUGUCCUUUCACUGGUACUGUACGAGGAACACUGACUGUCACAAAUUACAGAUUGUAUUUCAAGAGCAUGGAACGGGACCCCCCAUUUGUUCUAGAUGCUUCUCUUGGAGUAAUAAGUAGAGUAGAGAAAAUUGGUGGUGCAUCUAGUCGAGGUGAAAACUCUUAUGGCCUGGAGACUGUGUGCAAGGAUAUCAGGAAUUUACGAUUUGCUCAUAAACCAGAGGGGCGAACCAGAAGAUCCAUAUUUGAGAAUCUAAUGAAAUAUGCAUUUCCGGUGUCUAACAGCUUGCCUCUUUUUGCUUUUGAGUAUAAAGAAGUAUUCCCUGAAAAUGGGUGGAAACUGUAUGACCCCCUUCUAGAGUAUAGAAGGCAGGGAAUUCCAAAUGAAAGCUGGAGAAUAACAAAGAUAAAUGAGCGCUAUGAACUUUGUGACACGUAUCCUGCCCUCUUGGUUGUGCCAGCAAACAUUCCUGAUGAGGAGCUAAAGAAAGUGGCAUCCUUCAGGUCACGGGGCCGGAUUCCAGUUUUGUCAUGGAUUCAUCCUGAAAGCCAAGCUACAGUCACUCGUUGCAGCCAGCCCAUGGUUGGAGUGAGUGGGAAGCGCAGCAAAGAGGAUGAGAAAUAUCUUCAGGCCAUCAUGGAUUCCAACGCCCAGUCUCACAAAAUAUUUAUAUUUGAUGCUCGGCCAAGUGUCAACGCUGUCGCCAAUAAGGCAAAGGGGGGAGGUUAUGAAAGUGAAGAUGCUUAUCAAAAUGCAGAACUUGUUUUUCUGGAUAUUCAUAAUAUCCAUGUUAUGAGAGAAUCAUUGCGGAAGCUGAAGGAGAUUGUGUACCCCAACAUUGAGGAAACUCACUGGUUGUCUAACUUGGAAUCUACACACUGGCUGGAACAUAUUAAGCUCAUUCUUGCAGGGGCUCUGAGGAUUGCUGACAAGGUAGAGUCGGGGAAGACCUCUGUGGUGGUGCAUUGCAGUGAUGGCUGGGAUCGCACAGCUCAGCUCACUUCCCUGGCCAUGCUUAUGCUGGAUGGAUACUAUCGAACCAUCCGAGGAUUUGAAGUUCUCGUGGAGAAAGAGUGGCUAAGCUUUGGACAUCGAUUCCAACUAAGAGUUGGCCAUGGAGAUAAGAACCAUGCUGAUGCAGAUAGAUCACCUGUUUUUCUUCAAUUUAUUGACUGUGUCUGGCAAAUGACAAGACAGUUCCCUACUGCAUUUGAAUUCAACGAGUAUUUUCUCAUUACCAUCCUGGACCACUUGUACAGCUGUUUAUUUGGAACAUUCCUCUGUAACAGUGAACAGCAGAGGGGAAAAGAGAAUCUUCCUAAGAGGACGGUGUCACUGUGGUCCUACAUAAACAGCCAGCUGGAAGACUUCACUAAUCCUCUCUAUGGGAGCUACUCCAAUCAUGUCCUUUACCCAGUAGCCAGCAUGCGCCACCUAGAGCUCUGGGUGGGAUAUUAUAUAAGGUGGAACCCCCGGAUGAAACCACAGGAACCUAUCCACAGCAGAUACAAAGAACUUCUUGCCAAAAGAGCAGAGCUUCAGAGAAAAGUAGAGGAACUUCAGAGAGAAAUUUCCAACCGCUCAACCUCUUCUUCAGAAAGAGCCAGCUCUCCUGCACAGUGUGUGACUCCUGUCCAAACUGUUGUAUGAAAGGACUAUUAGGUCAGGAACUCUGCAUCACAGCACCUUAUGGGUAGAAAGCCUUUCAUGUUUUAAAUCCAUCUACAGGAGAUUUAUUUCAAGUCUCUCUUAGAUGAGUUUAGAAACAGCAUUGCAGGUGACAAUGGAGAUCAUUUGUAAUUAAAGUAUGACACUAACCUUAAGUCACCCAAAGAAUACUAAAGUAGUGCAGUCCAGUAUCCACGGUGGGUACAAGUUUUUCAUUUCAAAAUGUCUUAAGAACUGAGGACCUGGUUAAGUUCUCUAGGUGGGAGAAAAACAAGAGCAGCUGUUUUUACAGAGAGCAUACUUAGAGCCUUGAUGUCUGUCAGGUCAAAAUUGCUCCUUUGUCAAAUUUCCCAAUUUAGUAAAAAGCAUUGCCUUGAGACUAUUACAGCAUAGUAGUAAUUGCUGACAUUGUAACUAGGGUAUUCGCAACAGCAGUUAGGAAAUGAUGCCUUAUAUAUGUGCUUUGAGGGGAUGAAGGGACAAAGUAGUAGCUGUCAUCCAAGAAUUCAAAGAACAGUAUACGCCUUUCAGAUGAAUUUACAUUUGUAUGUUGAUCAUAAACAUCACAGAAGACAUUUUAAAACCUUAUUACUCCACUUUAUGUUGAUGAUAAUUGGCAAGUUUUAAAACAGUAUUCUAAGACCUUAAAAGUCUGACUUUAGUGCCAUGUUUAAAUUUCACAUGAACACUACCAAAGAACACUGCAUGUUGAAAGAGUUAGUCUCAGUAUCAGCAAGUAAAGCCUCGCUUCUCUGCUCACCUGAGUAGGGUGCUGGUGUCUAUUUUACUCUGUAUAAGAGCCAUAUGUAAUGUACUGUAACAAAGGAACUUCGUACCACUUGGUCUUUUAAUUAAAUGACUUCAAACUUU